AUGAGCGGAGAAGACGUCCGCCUUUGGGGGACCCCUUCCGAAUCGAUUCGUCCAGAACGUGUUCUGAAGGACAUCGGCGCCUCGGGCGUGCGCAAGGUCCGCGAGGCCAUCCGAACCUAUUCGGAUCCGUCUCUGGCCUAUCAAAAAGUCGCCGCGAAUUAUCAACCGGAAAAGCUCUGGGAAGCGAACCUCUCCUUUUUCAAGGUCCGGAGUGUGCUCAAUCAAAAGCGAUACAGGGCAUUGCAAGAUCCUACAAAGUUAUUUCAACUCAUUGUUACAAUAGCCGCUUUCUAA